GCAGGCAUACGGAUGUGUGUGUGUGUGUAAUGUGAGUGUGUGUACAUAUCAACCGCAUGUUCGAUCGGCACAACAGCGACGCAAAGUAUAAGUACUACAGUAGUGUCAGUGUUAGCUUGAGUACGAGUAACAAAAAAAGGAUAAAACUCCUAUUUGCAGCACACCACGUUGUUGGUGACACGUCAACGCGUACACGCGCGUUUGCAUGUGUUAAAUUACAAGUUGUACGUAUAUUUACACACGCCGCUAGAGCCAGAUAUUAAUUAUCUUUUUAUCCCUACACAUGAUCGUAAGAUCCGUAUGUGAUAGUCGCAAAGGAUAUCCUUUCACGCAGAAUCGAAAAAACCACUGUGAGUACACACUCAACAAGUGUCCAAGGUGCACAAGAUCGAAACUCGUAAAAUAUAUCAUAGGAUCAAGUGAAUAAUUGUAAAAAUAUGGAUUGUCAUAGACCACGUGCUCUUGAAAAUUAAAAAUUAUCUUGGCAGUGCGUGGCAUUCCACGCAAUAUGAGGAAAAGUCGGACUGCGGGGGGCGAACAUGGCAUUAAGAGGAAGCUGUGAUACCAUCGACCGUAACGUACGGGACCGUAUAGAUCAAUAAAUUUAGAUUCGAGAGAAGUAUAGAUGCUUUCUUCUCAAAUAGUUCGUCAUUUUUAUUUGGAAGCUACUAAUGACGUUACGAACUUAGAAUGGAGUACGUUUUGCACAAAAUUAUUUAUUGUUGCCUUUUGAUCAUCGGAUCUCUUUUCAUUCAUACGUCUUCUACAAAGGUACAUCAUUUGGAAGACAGAAAAUUUGCUUCCGCUGAAUAUUUAGACCCAGAGAUUGACGAAAGAGAUAUUGGUCCUGAACUUCCGAUUUCCCCAUUAGAUCAACCGUUUUAUAAAAAGGCCAGCCUAUUCAUACCGCCGCGAAAUAGUUAUCCUGACAAAUUAAAUCCAAAUAUAAAGUGGGACUCUUCAUGGGCUUCAGAUUUAGACUUUGGACAAAUAUCAGCAGUGUCUAUAGACCCAAAUGGAAAUGUUGGCAUAUUUCAUAGGGGAGAACGAAUUUGGGACUCCUCAACUUUUGGCACUGAUAAUAAAUUUAAUAUCAAUAGAGGACCUAUACGACAAAAUACAAUUAUGCUGUUAGACAAGACUGGCAAGGUGCUACUAGAAUGGGGAAAAAACAUGUUUUUUCUUCCUCAUGGUUUAACUAUAGAUAAUUUAGGAAAUUAUUGGCUUACUGACGUGGCUAUGCAUCAAGUGUUCAAGUUUGAUGGCAAAGAUAUUGAAAAACAUAAACAGCAGCUUAAGAGGCAAAGAUAUAGUCAACAUAAUAGCGCAUCCGAAAAAUUUGAUGUUAAAAAUUUAUUUGCAAAUAGCAUUAUAAAACCCUCGCUAAAUCUCGGUGAAGCGUUUCAACCAGGAAAUGAUAACACUCGAUUCUGUAAACCUACAGCAAUAGCGGUUCUAACAAAUGGAGAUUUUUUCGUUAGCGAUGGUUACUGUAAUUCCAGGAUUAUUAAAUUCAAUAAAGAUGGUGAAAGAAUUCUGAAGUGGGGUAGAUCAUGGGCACUUGAUCAAAGAGUUUUAAGUAGCAAUGAGCCCCCAAAAAAUGCUUUCUUAAUACCACAUGCCCUUGCGCUUGCAGAAGAACAUGAUCUUGUAUUUGUCGCUGACAGAGAAAAUGCUAGGAUAAUUUGUAAUCAUGCCAGCAAUGGGUCAUUUUAUAAAGAAUAUAAAAGUCCUAUGUUAGGAGCUGCUGUUUAUAGCAUUGCAUAUGCUAACAACAAAAUUUACUUAGUUAACGGUAACCGAUAUCUAGAAAACAUGCAUAUUCGGGGAUAUGUUCUAGAUAUGUAUUCUGGAGAAAUUUUAUCCCAAUUUGCUCCAGGCAUAGAUAUGGAUAGUCCACAUGAUCUUGCUGUGACAUCUGACGAACGGGAAAUUUACGUAGUUGAGUUGAAUUCGCACAAGAUAUACAAAUUUAAUCAAGACUUAAAAGACGUUCCGUCGAAUCCAAAUACCAAUAAAGAUGAUAUGGAAACUAAGACUCUGAAGUAUGAAAACUCGAAUCGAAAAGAAAGAAAACCAUCGCAAAGAGGCAUUGUGAUUGUGGCUAUUAUUGCCGCAUUAUUAUUCAUAUGCUUCUGCAUAUUAUUAGCAGUACUAUUUGCAAGAUAUCAAAAAAGAGGUAGUCGUUUGUGUUACGAUGAACCUAAUGUUGAAUUAAGUUGUUUACUUCCACCUUACAAAAGAACAGAAUGGAAUGAUGAUCAAAACGACAACUUUAAACUCUUGAGCCUUUUGGGAAAUCGUAAAAAAUUCACAAUGUUUGAAAACAGACCAAAUACACGAGAUUUCAGCAAAGUUAACACUGAACCUGAAACUUCAGAAGACGAGACUUUAGAUAAUGCUACCGAAAAAAUAAUUUAAAUAUAAUAUUGCAGUUAAAAAAGUUACAAUACAAAUUCCUAAAAUAUAAAAUCAACAAUUAAAAAGAAAAAAUUUUUAUACUAAAUAUUUCUAUGUAUACAUUCUGUAUACAUUCUGGUAUGUACAAUCUAUAUUUUAAAACAUGUUUAUUCUAAAGCAGAAUAUUAAAAGAGUAUAUCGUUUCAAAAUCAUCGACAUUUAUUUUGAAAAUCUAUGUAACAUAUCAUUAUAUACAAAUUAAAUAUGUAUUAAAUCGUCUAGUAUUGUCAAAAUUAUUUUUAUAACUAAAUAAAUGCAUGGAAUUCCUAAGUUGGUCCCUUGUAAUGAUUAUGUUUAUAAGAUAUUUGUAAUAUAUAAUAGAUUUUACCAAAACUUCACUUGUUAAUGUAAGAUACCAUUUAUUGAAGAAAAAAAAUAGCCAUUUUAUGGAACAAAAAUUAUACCUAUCACUGAAAUUAUAGAAAGUUCUUUUAUAUUAAAUUUUUUUGUGUUUACUUGAAUUGAAUUUACACAUAGAAAUAUAGAUAUAACACAUGUUACCAUUACUAAUAAUAAAAUGGUUUAAUUUUAUUCUCAAAAAUUUGAACAAUAUGCGACCGAAUAUUUUAUUCUACGCAUUUUUUAGGAAUGUAUUGAAAAAUUUGCAUAUAUUUGAAAAUCAGACUACGGUCAAACAAAAGUUUGAUCAGUUUUACAAAUCUAGCAUAUAUCUGUCUCUUUGUCUUCUUCGUAAAAUGUAUAAAAUAAUUUUUGUUGAAUUUUGUUCUGUUGUUAUGAAAUAUUAGAAAUAUGACUUGCGCGCGCGUGCUUGUGUGUGUGUGUGUGUGCGCGCGCGCGCAUGUAUGUAUAUAUCAAUUAUCAUAUAAAUGGUUGUUAUGGGUGAAUCAUGUAUCGACAUCCGGAAUGAAACACUUGAAGUAUUACGAAUAUGAGUAUAAUACAUUUUGAUUUAUCAAUAAGUUGGAGAGAUAACCAUAAAUAGAAAAAUCAAUUUAAUCAAUACGAAUCUGCUUUUACGAUUUGAUAUUUUAUCAUUUAUUUCAUAAUACGUUUAUUUAAAUAAUAAAUCUCAUAAUUAAUGUGUUAAGCCUUCAAAAAUAUAUUCUAAUAAUUGAACACAUCAUUUAGAAAAAGUGCAAUGACGUAAUCAGAAAAAAUGAACUUGAGAUUGAUGCGUGUGUGUAUAUAACAAAUAGUUCAUGGAAACGCUAUUUAUAGAUAUAUAAAUAUUUAAUUUCAGUUUUUAUGUGACCAAACAUGUAAAAAUUACUGAUUUUAUGAGAAUCCUAAAGCUAUUGAUAAGUUAAUCGAAUUAUUUAUGAAUGUAAUUAUCGUAGAUAUUGUAUUUUGUAACUAAUGAAAAUUA